CAAAAUAGGAUCGGAGCUGCCUGCGACCGUCCUGCCUGAGCUAAAUUGAGCUUCAUGUGUUUGUUAGAGAAGAUCUGUUCAAGGAGAGAGAGGACACAGAGGAGUGUGUGUGUGUGUGUGUGUGUGUGUGUGUGUGUGUGGAGCUGCAGCCUGUAUUCAUGGAUAUAAGAUGAGAGAUGUGCCCUUGGAUCACUGCCACGCGUGUGUUUUUCCUGCAGACACCAUGUCACACAAAGAAGGCGACAUCUACACGUACGACUUCACUGAUGGAGAUCAUCCAUCGCAGCUCCUGGACGCACUCAGGCACUUCUACGUCAGCGGCCUCUUCACGGACGUCUCCCUCCAGUGCGGUGGCUCCGGGGCGCAGGUGUUCCACUGCCACAAGGCGCUGCUGUCGGCCCGCAGCUCCUAUUUUAAGGUUAUGUUCACGGCUGACAUGAGGGAGAGGUCCGACAGCAGCAUCACCCUGACCGGAGUGCGCGCCGAGGUCCUGGGCGCCCUGGUGAACUACGUGUACACGGCUCAGGUGCGCAUCACCGAGAGCAACGUGCAGAGCCUGCUGGAGGCCGCGGACCUCCUGCAGUUCAUCCCUGUCAAACAAGCGUGCGAGGAGUUCCUCAUCCGCCUCCUUGAUGUGGACAACUGCCUGGGGAUGCACGCUUUCGCACAGCUGCACCUGUGUCCUGCACUGGAGAGGGAGGCCAGGAGAGUGACGCUGAGCAGGUUCCCAGAGCUCCUGCUGCAGGAGGAGUUCCUGGAGCUGGACCAUGAGAGGAUGAGGGCGGUGGUGGCCGCACAGAGCCAUACUGUGCAGAGGGAUGAGGUCCUGAUAGAUGCUGUGGUCAAGUGGGUGACCCAUGAUUUGGAUAACCGCGUUCACCAUACUGUGGACCUGCUGCACUCCAUCCAAAUGGACCUGGAUGAGAUUUAUUUCAAUGUGUCUCUAGAGGUGCUCAGGCAGGGCUUGCUGAGCAGUGAUGGGAAAUUCAAAUCUAUGAUAACUCAGGCGUUGAUGUCCAAUAGUGGCAAGGAGUUGUGUGCAAGUAGAAAAAUGUCUUCCAGCAUGUAUAUCAUCGGUGGCUACUACUGGCACCCACUGUGUGAGGUCCACUUCUGGGAUCCUGUCAGUGACACAUGGGUGCAAGGGAAAGCAAUGCCUGACCACGACAGAGAGAGUUACAGCAUCAGCUCACUAGGAGCAAAUAUAUAUGUGACGGGAGGCUACAGGACAAACACGGUUGAGGCCCUGGACGCUGUUUCGAUUUAUAACUGUGACUAUGACGAAUGGACCGAGGGCUGCUCCAUGAUCACAGCGAGGUACUACCACUGUGCCGUGGCGUUGCAUGGCUGUAUCUACGCCAUCGGAGGCUACAGAGGAGGAGCUCCGGAGCGAGAGACGGAAUUUUAUGAUCCUUUGAAAAAGAAAUGGUUUCCAGUGGCCAAAAUGAUCCAAGGUGUUGGAAAUGCCACUGCCUGUGUAAUGGAGGACAAAAUCUAUGUAACCGGUGGCCACUAUGGCUACAGAGGAAGCUGCACCUAUGAAAAAAUCCAGGUCUACAAGCCAGAGGUCAACGAGUGGAGCAUCAUUACAAUAAGUCCCCAUCCAGAAUACGGGCUGUGCUCUGUGCCUCUCAACAACAAGCUGUAUUUGGUGGGAGGACAGACGACGAUCGCCGACUGCUACGACCCCGAGAAAGACGAGUGGAGGUCAAUAUCAGUGAUGAAGGAGAGGAGGAUGGAGUGCGGGGCCGUAGCAAUAAAUGGAUGUAUUUAUGUAACAGGGGGAUACUCCUACUCAAAGGGGACUUAUCUGCAGAGCAUCGAGAAGUACGACCCUGAGCUGGACACAUGGGAAAUGGUGGGGACUCUUCCUAGCCCGGCCAGAUCCCAUGGAUGUGUGUGUGUUCACAGCGUGUAAUGUCAAACCCUCAUCACAUUCUAUGUUUAUUUAUUGUCAUUUGGUGCCAAAUCGAUGAAAGUCUGAACAGUAUUCUGUCAAAAUGCAAAUGCCAUGUAAACCGUCACACAAGAUGCCAAGCUAGCCCAUGUUCGGCACUGUAAAGAGUUACACGUCUGCCAAACUGUCCAGGAUCGACUGUUUAUAAAAAUGAAUGGCAUUGCUCCACUUCCUCCCACUAUGGAACCAGAGUCUCUGCAGUAGUGAUCAGGGGAUGAAGCCAUCGUAGGGACCUGUCAAUACAUUUGUAUAUACAUUAUAACUAAUUAAAACUAAACAGAAGAAACACCCAGCAGGUGGCUCUUGAAUUGCAUUGGCCUAAUUUUUGCAGCGCAGUCAAGUUAUUCAUCUUUAUACACAAUCUAUGGUCCAUAUAGUGAAUAACAAGUCUAUUUCCUAACCUCAGGGACAACUAAUACUUUACUUAACAUUUUUGAGUAUUUCUGUUUCAUCAGAUUAAAAGGAAAGACUGAAAAGAGAAAUGCAGGAUCCAGCUCAGACCAAUGAUGCACUGUGACACUUCAAAGCAUCUUUUUUUUUAUAAAUCUGCACCACCAGGCUGCUACUGAUUAAAUAAAUAUCUACAACUGUG